UAGAACUUGGGCGAGAAGCAGAAAAAUAAAAACCCUACUUUUUCGCUGGCUUACUGCUUCGCCGGAAUCUGAACUCUGAAGAAUCCAUUUGCCGGAGACUUUCUUCUUCUUUGUUGUUUUGUCCUCUUAGUUAUUAUUAUUAUUUUUUUUUUUAACUUGUGGAGAAAAACGGCGUUGAAGCUCAGAGCUCUUAGUGACACCUUUGAGAGAUAAAGAAAAGAGAUAGAAAAUUGAGGGAGAUGUAUGUAGUGCCUCCGCCUCAACGAUCCGAUUCGGAUUCCAACGGUGACUUAAGAGUUUACCAAACUUGGAAAGGCAGCAAUAUAUUCUUUGUUCAGGGAAGAUUUGUAUUCGGGCCAGAUGUAAGAUCAUUGGCGAUGACAAUAUGUCUCAUUGCUGUUCCCGUUACAAUUUUCUGCAUCUUUGUCGCCAGGAAGCUAAUGGAUGACUUCUCUGAUAGCUGGGGAGUAUCUAUAUUAGCUCUUGCCGUCGUCUUCACCAUUUAUGAUUUAGUUCUUCUGCUGGUUACAUCCGGAAAAGAUCCAGGAAUCAUCCCUAGAAAUGCUCAUCCUCCAGAGCCUGAAGCCUUUGAAGGCAACAUGGAAGCAGGAGCUGGUCAGACUCCGCAGCUGCGACUGCCUCGCAUUAAGGAAGUAGAGGUUAAUGGAAUUACAUUUAAGGUCAAGUACUGUGACACUUGCAUGCUCUAUAGGCCUCCUCGCUGUUCCCAUUGCUCUAUCUGCAACAACUGCGUUGAAAAGUUUGAUCAUCACUGCCCUUGGGUUGGCCAAUGUAUUGGUCUGAGGAACUACAGAUUCUUCUUCAUGUUUGUCUUCUCCACGACACUUCUAUGUAUAUAUGUUCAUGCCUUCUGCUGGAUCUAUAUAAGGAAGAUCACUGAAUCAGAACAUACAACUAUUUGGAAAGCAAUGCUCAAAACUCCUGCCUCCAUUGUUCUGAUAAUCUACACAUUCAUAUCAAUGUGGUUUGUUGGUGGCUUAACAGCUUUCCAUCUAUAUCUCAUCAGCACAAACCAGACUACAUAUGAGAAUUUUAGAUACAGAUAUGAUAGACGAAGCAACCCUCACAACAAGGGAGUAGUUAACAACUUCAAAGAAACGUUUUGCUCUGCAAUCCCUCCUUCAAAGAAUGACUUUAGAGCCUUGGUACAUCGAGAACCUCCAUUGCCUCCUAGAUCUGUAGCAGGUGGGUUUAUGAGUCCAAACAUGGGUAAAGGCAACGAUGAUAUUGAGAUGGGAAGGAAAGCUGUUUGGGCAGACAUGGGUCCAGCAAUGCCAGAGCAUGGUGAUGGGAAACAUAAUAACAAUGAGCGGUUACAUGUUCAGGAUGGUGAGUUAGGCGUGCUAUCUCCUGACGUUAGGACAACGGUUGACGAACAGAGUGAUAGGCCUGGGGUGCACACAAGGCGCUCAAGCUGGGGAAGGAAAAGUGGAAGCUGGGAUAUGUCGCCAGAAGUUAUGGCUUUAGCAGGCAGAGUAGGAGGAGAACAAAACCAAAACCGUGGAGGAAGCAGCAGUGGAAGUGCUCAGCGGCCUACAUAGUAGUCAUUCAGAUACACGAUUUAGCAAGGAAGGAAGAAAGACAGAACAUAGGCGAAGUUUAUUCAAAUGCUUUUUUUUUCUUUUGGUUUAUUCAGCUUAAAAUCAGUUAAUGCAAGCUUGUGAUUUGUGGAGGAAAAGAAGUUCCUAAUAUGGAAUGUGUGUUAUGUUGGCUUUGUUGUGGUAAGCAAAAGAGGUUGAACUGGUGUGUUGUUUUACAUGUUUGUAUGAGUGAGCUUCUUCUGGAUUUUCAAACACUUGACCCGAUGUGUAUAUGUAAAUCAUGACAGGGAGAUCUUAGAGCAUCUCCGUUGGAGGAUUGUAAGGAGAUCUUAGAGCAUCUCCAUUGGAGGAUUGUAAGGGAGGUUCACAUAUUUUUC